UGAGUUUGAACGUUGAAGCUUUGGUGGCUCGAAGUCCCAACCGAGCCAAUACAGAAGUAGAGAACGAAAGAAAAAAAAGAAAAAAAACCUAUCUUUUUCUUUAACUAGAAAGACUGUUUAAAACUUAGAACCAAAAACCCUUAGAAAGCAAAGAAAUGGCGAGCGGUUCGGUGAACUUGGAAGAAAUACCCUACGAAUCUCUGAUGAAUGAGCUUCUCCGCCGUAUGAAGUGCGCCCCCAAACCCGAGAAGCGCCUCAUCCUCAUUGGUCCACCUGGAUCUGGAAAAGGCACUCAAUCACCAAUAAUUAAAGAUGAGCACUGCUUGUGUCACUUGGCCGCUGGUGAUAUGCUUAGAGCUGCUGUUUCCGCUAAAACCCCACUUGGUAUCAAGGCCAAGGAAGCUAUGGAUAAGGGAGAACUUGUUUCUGAUGACCUGGUUGUUGGCAUUAUCGAUGAAGCGAUGAAGAAACCUUCAUGUAAAAAGGGUUUCAUUCUUGAUGGGUUUCCCAGGACUGUAGCACAAGCACAAAAGCUUGAUGAGAUGCUGGAAAGGCAGGGAGUUAAAAUCGAUAAGGUGCUCGAUUUCGCAAUUGACGAUGCGGUCUUGGAGGAGAGGAUUUCUGGUCGCUGGAUCCACCCUGCUAGUGGUAGAUCCUACCAUACAAAAUUUGCACCUCCUAGAGUUCCAGGUGUAGAUGAUGUGACUGGGGAACCUUUGAUCCAACGUAAAGACGACUCUGCAGCUGUUCUCAAGUCAAGGCUUGAGUCAUUUCACAGACAAACUCAACCAGUGAUCAAUUAUUAUUCCAAGAAGGGAAUAGUUGCAACGCUUCAUGCCGAAAAGCCUCUUACAGAUGUUACGGAUGAGGUCCGGAAAGUACUCUCAUGAUGAAAUUGCAAUGAAGCAUGAAGUUUAGAAGGUGCUUUACUCAUGGAAUGUUGCUUUACUGAUGAAACUGAAAACAGAUUUUUCCUUUUUGGGAUUUCAUGGAUUUUUUUUGCUGAUGGGACUCUAAUUCAUUAUUAUUUUAUUUCAUUGAAAUUUUGGCCCAAAUGAUCCGGCUUUUGACUGUUUCAGGUAUUGAAGAUAUUUAAAUAAAUACUGAUAGUAUAGAUUGACGACAAA